CAUUUGCAGCAAUUCGUCACGUGACAAAUGACCCCAUAGCAACAAGGCCGUGGUGGGCAAGCAAAACCAACACACCGUGACAACAAUAAGACUUUGACUGGCGAAGCGUUCAAUACCAAGACUAUAACAUCUGUUUUUAUCCUUUAUUGUGAGUUUUUUGAGGCGAUUUUUGGUUCAAAAGUAGGGCAAAGUGUCUUCGUUCUUUUCCAAUAAGUUUUUCUGCGAUCGCUGUAUGUAAAGAAGAGUUUUGGACCUUUAAGCUGUUCGACGCCGAGGAAAACACUAGCGCGUAAUGGCGGAAAUCUCAGGUAUGUUUAUGGUUCUUUGACUCACAAUCUUGCCUCGCUAUUAGUCUCAUUUAUCAAGAUUUGUGUAGAAUAGAUAAAGAUACUUCCAUUGAGACAAUUUAAAGCCUAAAGACUCAUUCUUUACUUGUAUUUUUGACCAUUUCAAGCAUCGAAACUUUAGGUGCGAUGGCGCGUCUGGUCGGCGCGUCUUCGUUUUGUAAAAACUCCAAUAUGCUUCAAAAAUCUAAUUCAUCUUUGGGUUUCGUUAUUGUAGAUGAAACAACUGAUAUUUCAAGGCUUCCCGAUCUAACAUUUGGAGAUGUGGAGACGUAUGCUCGUUCGCAAUCUGGCUGUUCAAGCACAACAAAAGCUUACAAAUUCUGUGCCGAACCAGGUUAUUUGCACGAAAUCAAAGUGCGCUAUUCGCAAGAUCUUCAAGUCAAUAUAGCCAAGAUUGCAUCAAAGUGCUACCGAUCCAUGAAAAAGAGUGAAGCCCCACAUAAGCUAGAGGCUGAUAUAAACUUGGCAACUAAAUCUAUUAAGGGUCGGUGUUCGUGUGUAGCUGGUGCUGGCGGUUUUUGUCAUCAUGUUGUUGGGUUGUUGUUCUACAUGGCUCACUGUAAGACACUUGGAUACAAAGCUAUACCUGAUGAGCUGACCUGCACCAGCAUGCCUCAAAGGUGGAGUGUACCACGGGAAAGGAAAAUAGCAACCAAGCCUAUACAGGAUGUAAUGGUGAAGAAGCCAAGACCAGGGGCAAAUUAUUCAAAGUUCAUAAAGAGCACCCUAUAUUCACCAUCAACAGAGUAUCCUCUAAUGGCUCAAGAACAUCUUACUGGGCUCGAACCAGUACCRCUGAUGGCAACUAUAGCAGUGGCGGAGGCUGUCAUUCCUAAUAUCACUMUGGUUCCAAGYAAGUUUGGUAACGUUGCAAAAGGCUCGGUCCUCUCGUAUCAACAAAAACUCUCAGAGGAGUAUGUUAUAAAUGACUAUUUCUGCCCUGCAUAUCCAACACUGCCAACUGAUGAUGCAGAGGAGAGGAUAAAAAACAAUUUCASUGUUCCAGACGCAAAAAAGGCAGCUUUAAAUGCAAUAAGMAUAACAAUASAUCAAGCUAUAGACAUAGAAGAGAAAACAUUAGCACAAUCUGCAAGCCAGCUAUGGUAUUCAUUAAGAGAAAAAAGAAUCACAGCAAGUAAAUUUGGUCUAGUGGCCAAAAGGCAAUCAGGUUUUGAAAACCUAGUAAAGCAGUUAAAUSCCUCCAAGAGAGUUGUGACUGCAGACAUGCAGCGGGGAAUAGACCUUGAGCCAAAGGCUGCCAUGGUGUACKCUAAUGUUGCAAAAGAAGGAAAAGUCAAUGUUUAUCCAAGUGGCCUUGUGAUCAACCCGAAAUGUCCUUGGCUUGGAUGUUCGCCUGACCGCAAAGUGUGCGACUUCACCGCAGAGGACUUAGGCCAUUCUYCCUUUGGCCUACUGGAGGUUAAGGUGACAAAGGAGGGAACUACAGACUUUAGCACAGUCCAGUACAUURCAUCUGGCCCUAAUGGCAAYAUGCUGAAGAAGAACCACAUUUAUUAUUACCAAGUGCARUGUCAGUUGGCAUUGACAGGACUGGACUGGUACCAGARAGAAACAGAUCCUGUAAAAAGAGAGGAAACAAAAGUGACAGCUCCAUGUGGAGCAAUACCUACAAGACCGACUUAA